AACGUGAAAUUUCUGUUUGCAGUUAUUUUUAUGUUAAAUGCUGAUAUCCGCCUUUCAUACAUAAUAAAUUCAAGUUUUAAGUGUAUCAAAAAUGGCUCUUAAUAAAUUUAUGCACCCGAGAAACAUUUAUAAAAACCCGCCUGACUUUGCUAACCUAGCCAAAACUUACCCAGAAUUUUCUGAAGUCGCUAAAGUGGACUUGACUGGAAAGGUCAGCAUUGACUUCAAGGACCCAAAAUCGCUGCGUGUCCUUACUAAAUAUCUGCUAAAAUCAGAUUUUAAUCUUGAUGUGGAAAUCCCAGAAGACCGUUUAGUACCUACUCUACCUCUAAGGCUCAAUUACAUACUAUGGGUUGAAGAUAUACUGGCUUCCAUCAACAAAAAGGAAAAUAUCACAGGUGUAGACAUAGGAACUGGUGCAUGUGCUGUUUACCCGCUGCUCGCUGCUGCUGAUAAGAAGUGGCACAUGGCAGCCACCGAGUCUGAUGCGGACAGCUUAGCAAUGGCACAGGCUAAUAUUGAAAGAAAUAACUUACAAUCAUUUAUUACAGUGCAUCACAAUGUAACAAGCACUGUGAUUGAUCAUUUGCUAUCGAAAGAUGACAAAACUUAUGAUUUCUGUAUGUGCAACCCUCCAUUCUACAGCAAUGUGCAGGAGCUGUGUGAGUCUCGCAGCACAGCAAGGCCUCAACCAAAGAAUGCAUUUACUGGAUCCCCCCAAGAACUAAUUACUGAAGGAGGUGAAUUAGAGUUUAUAAGAAAUUUAAUCACUGAGAGUAAAUCUUACAAGAACAAAGUAUGUGUCUACACGACAAUGGUUGGUCACAAAUAUAAUUUGAAGGAAUUAUUGCAAGAUUUAAAAGCAGAUGGAAUUAGUCACACUCACACUGAGUUCUGCCAAGGCAGAGUGACAAGAUGGGGCUUAGCAUGGACAUAUGAAGACCAUGAUUUGUAUAAAUUAGUUCCACCUAGAGAAAAGUCCCGUAAGAAAAAUACUCCAGUAUUAAUUAAACUAGAUAAAAUAAAAGAUACCCCUUACAAUAUAGAAGGUGUAACUAAAAAGUUCAAGUCCAUACUUGAGUCCUUGCAAAUCACAUUCAAGGUUGUUGAUAAAAGAGGCAACAACUUGACACUGCUAAUAACAGCUACCAGCAACACUUGGUCCAACCAGAGAAGAAAAAGAAGACUAAUGAAAAGGGGAGAACCUGAGACAGUAAAAAAAUUAAAACCAAAUGAUGAAAGUGCAAGUGAUUCUAUUUCCGAUACACCUACAGCUGAUACUUCAUCAGAUUCAGCAAUAAUGGAUAGAACUAUGGAUUCCUCUGCAAAUUCUGCUAGUCCUGUAGAUAAUAAAAUAGAAUUAAAUGAUGUAGGUAGAGAAAAAGAGGACCCUAUCAUACAUGCUUGCCUGAAAGUUUUAAAGAAGGAUAACAACUUUUUCUUUGAAAUGGAUUUCAUUAGUGGAUCUGGUGGUAAAGAAGGUCUACAUCAAAUAGGACAAUACAUUAAAAAUAAUUGGAAAUGAUUAAGCAUUAUUAUUUAUUAGCUUCUCUGUGCAAACUUUCCAUGGGAAUUCCGGGGAAAAGACAGCCUACACCUUCAUUGCUAUUACUAGGUUUUCCUACAUUCUUUGAGUUGACUGGUAACAACUAAAAGUAGG